AUGUUCAUGAUAAUAUUCAUAAGCUUAACCGUAUUCGAUCAUUCAAAGGAAUUAUACCUCAGCCAGGUGACUCGGAAAACCUCGUUAUGGUCUCUUAUUAAUCACUGCAAAACCUCANUAGAUACGCUCAGUUCGGGUGAGGUGAAUCAGUUGGGUGGUAUAUUCAUAAAUGGACGUCCUCUGCCGCUGGCGCUUCGAAUGCGAAUCAUUGAGCUGGCAAAUCACGGUGUACGACCUUGUGACAUUUCCAGACAACUGAGGAUUUCGCAUGGAUGUGUGAGUAAGAUUCUGAACAGAUACUCAGAAUCGGGUACGAUUAUGCCCGGUACAAUUGGUGGAAGUAAACCACGAGUUACCACACCCAAGGUGGUCAGUCAUAUUCGUCAGCUGAAAAUGCGUGAUCCGAGUAUGUUCGCGUGGGAGAUCCGCGAUCGUUUAUUAGAAGACAACGUUUGUGAUAAAUACAACGUUCCAUCAGUCAGCUCGAUCUCNGAUAUUGAUGGGCGCGCCGUUCUAUUGAGGAAACUUCUGCCUUCACAUGAAUUUCUAUCGGUGCUUGCUUCAAAACCGAUAUCUUCAACGCCGUCUGCUGUACCUUGUUUACCAGCCGACCCUCCAGACUCCAUGUUGACAACCUAUUUUUCAACUUACCAGUACAAUCGGCUGGCUACGGCAAAUUGUUCGGACUAUCGAAAUUCAUCGACUGAAUGGAACACAUCCACCUCGACCAAUACAACAAAUCCCUCAUUUGGUUCGUUUUCUCUAAAGAACUUUUCAGCAAUCUCAAAAGUUUCUCGGCUACCUUAUGUAAUAAAAUGGAAAUUUUAA